GGUAAAAAGACAGCCGGGGUGGGGGGGGAGAAGGCAAACAGUGCAUCCCCAAAUCCUCCCACUUUCGCCCUUCUCGCAGCCAGUUGCCGUGCUGCUUCUGCGGCUUUUAAGGUCUGGCGGCGCAGGGAUGUCUGCCCCCCACCCGCGACCGCGGUCCCCACUUUCAGCUCAGACGCGUUGAUGUGCAGAAGGGUCUCGUCCUCCCAGGGCGGCGCCGGGUCUUGGGUGCGGGACACGUGCGGGGCCUGAGCCCGGGGACCUGGGAGCCUGAGCCCGGGAGCCUGAGCCUGGGGCAGCCGAGCCGUUGAGCCGCAGGAAGGACGGCCGCGGGGAGGCAGCCUGGCCGCGCGCCCGCCCGGACCCGCUCCGUACCUGCCCCCGCCCGCCACCUAGCCCGCGCCGGGGGACAGGCCGCCCAGCCCUCUCUCGGCCCGACGGCGCCCCAUGUCCCCAGACACCUGAGCGCCGGCCGCGCCGAGGAGCCUCCCACGAGGACAGCCACCGGGGCCCUUCCUCGCGAGGAAGAUGGGGCUGGAGACGCUUUCCCUGGGGAUGCUCGCGUGGCUGGUGGCCACGGGGGCUGUCCUCUGCGCGGAGCUGGGGGUCUGCGCCGGCCUCGACUAUGACUACACUUUCGGUGGCAACGGAGAGGAAGAGGCGGAGGCGCUGGACUACAAGGAUCCGUGCAAAGCCGACUGACCACUGCUCUAAGCAGUGUUGGGGCAAUGCCUGGGCUGCCCGACCCCUUGAAGUUCAAGAAGAAGCACCAGGACUUCUCAUGAUGGGAGGUCAGAAUCAAUCUGUGUUUUGGGGUGACAUUGCCUUAGACGAUGAAGACUUAAAUAUCUUUCAAAUUGAUAGGACAAUUGACCUUACACAGAAACCCUUUGGAAAAUUUGGACAUACCACAGGUGGAUUUGGAGACCAUGGUAUGUCAAAGAAACGAGGGGCCCUCUACCAACUUAUAGACAGGAUAAGAAGAAUUGGCUCUGGCUUGGAGCAAAACAACACAGUUAAGGAAAAAGUACCUCUAAAAUUCUCAGGGCAAAAUGAGAAAAAUCGAGUUCCCAGAGCUGCUACAUCAAGAACUGAAAGAGUAUGGCCUGGAGGUGUUAUUCCUUACGUUAUAGGAGGCAACUUCACUGGCAGCCAGCGAGCCAUGUUCAAGCAGGCCAUGAGGCACUGGGAAAAGCACACAUGUGUGACUUUCAUUGAAAGAGGGGAUGAAGAGAGUUACAUUGUAUUCACAUAUAGGCCUUGUGGAUGCUGCUCCUAUGUAGGUCGGCGUGGAAAUGGACCUCAGGCUAUCUCUAUUGGCAAGAACUGUGAUAAAUUUGGAAUUGUUGUUCAUGAAUUGGGCCAUGUGAUAGGCUUUUGGCAUGAACACACACGACCAGAUCGAGAUAAUCAUGUAACUAUCAUAAGAGAAAACAUCCAGCCAGGUCAAGAGUACAAUUUUCUGAAGAUGGAGCCUGGAGAAGUGAACUCGCUUGGAGAAAGAUAUGAUUUUGACAGUAUCAUGCACUAUGCCAGGAACACCUUCUCAAGGGGGAUGUUUCUGGAUACCAUUCUCCCCUCACGUGAUGAUAAUGGCAUACGUCCAGCAAUUGGUCAGCGAACCCGUUUAAGCAAAGGAGAUAUUGCACAGGCAAGAAAGCUGUACAGAUGUCCAGCAUGUGGAGAAACCCUACAAGAAUCCAAUGGCAACCUUUCCUCCCCAGGAUUUCCAAAUGGCUACCCAUCUUAUACACACUGCAUUUGGAGAGUUUCUGUCACUGCAGGAGAGAAGGAUCUGGACAUGCAGGUUCAACAGCCAUGGCUCACGGGCCCCGUCACUCCACAGCAUGUGGUAUCUUCCCAGACUGGGGCACGAACCCAUGUCCCCAUCGGCAGGCAGACUCUCAACAACUGCGCCACCAGGGAAGCCCCCAGUUUUCUUUUGAUUUACAUUUGCAUGGCAUGUCUUUUUCCAUCCCCUCACUUUCACUCUGUAUAUGUCCCUAGGUCUGAAGUGGGUCUCUUUAGACAGCAUAUAUACGGAUCUUUUUUUAUCCAUUCAGCCAGUCUGUGUCUUUUGGUGGGAGCAUUUAAUCCAUUUAAAUUUAAGAUUGUCUUAAACUUUACUACGAUGGACCUAUACAAAAGUAGUUUGUGCUGGUAUGAUUACAUUGAAGUAAGAGAUGGGUACUGGAGGAAAUCACCUCUCCUUGGUAGAUUCUGUGGGGACAAAUUGCCUGAAGUUCUAACCUCUACAGACAGCAGAAUGUGGAUUGAGUUUCGUAGCAGCAGUAAUUGGGUGGGAAAGGGCUUUGCAGCUAUCUAUGAAGCUAUCUGUGGAGGUGAGAUACGUAAAAAUGAAGGACAGAUUCAGUCUCCUAAUUACCCCGAAGACUACAGGCCGAUGAAAGAAUGUGUAUGGAAAAUAGCAGUGUCAGAAGACUGCUAUGUUGGGCUGACCUUUCAGGCCUUUGAGAUUGAGAGACAUGACAACUGUGCCUAUGACUACCUAGAAGUUCGAGAUGGAACCAGUGAAAAUAGUCCUUUAAUAGGGCGUUUUUGUGGUUAUGAUAAACCUGAAGAUAUCAGAUCUACCUCCAAUACCUUGUGGAUGAAGUUUGUUUCUGAUGGAACUGUGAACAAAGCAGGGUUCGCUGCCAAUUUUUUUAAAGAGGAAGACGAGUGUGCCAAGCCUGACCGUGGAGGCUGUGAGCAGCGUUGUCUGAACACACUGGGCAGUUACCAGUGCUCCUGCGAGCCUGGCUAUGAGCUGGGACCUGACAAAAGGACCUGCGAAGCGGCUUGCGGAGGACUUCUUACAAAACUGAAUGGCACCAUAACCACUCCAGGCUGGCCCAAGGAGUACCCUCCCAACAAACACUGCGUGUGGCAAGUGGUGGCACCAACACAGUACAGAAUUUCUAUGAAGUUUGAGUUUUUUGAAUUGGAGGGCAAUGAAGUUUGCAAAUACGAUUAUGUGGAGAUUUGGAGUGGUCUUUCUUCUGAGUCUAAAUUGCAUGGCAAAUUUUGUGGUGCUGAAGUGCCUGAAGUGAUCACAUCUCAGUUCAACAAUAUGAGAAUUGAAUUCAAAUCUGACAAUACUGUAUCCAAGAAGGGUUUCAAAGCACAUUUCUUCUCAGACAAAGAUGAGUGCUCUAAGGAUAAUGGCGGGUGCCAACAUGAGUGUGUCAACACAAUGGGAAGCUACAUGUGUCAGUGCCGUAAUGGAUUUGUGCUGCAUGAAAAUAAACAUGAUUGCAAGGAAGCUGAGUGUGAACAGAAGAUUCACAGUCCAAGUGGCUUCAUCACUAGUCCCAACUGGCCAGACAAGUACCCAAGCAGGAAAGAAUGCACAUGGGAAAUCAGUGCAACUCCUGGUCAUCGAAUCAAAUUAAUCUUUAGUGAGUUUGAGAUUGAGCAGCAUCAAGAAUGUGCUUAUGAUCAUUUGGAAGUAUUUGAUGGAGAAACGGAAAAAUCACCAAUUCUUGGACGACUAUGUGGGAACAAGAUACCAGAGCCCCUUGUGGCUACUGGAAAUAAAAUGUUUGUUCGGUUUGUUUCUGAUGCAUCUGUUCAAAGAAAAGGCUUUCAAGCCACACAUUCUACAGAGUGUGGUGGCAGACUGAAAGUGGAAUCAAAACCCAGAGAUCUGUACUCACAUGCUCAGUUUGGUGAUAACAACUAUCCAGGACAAGUUGACUGUGAAUGGCUGUUAGUGUCAGAACGGGGCUCUCGACUCGAGUUAUCCUUCCAGAUUUUUGAAGUGGAAGAAGAAGCCGACUGUGGCUAUGACUAUCUUGAGCUCUUUGACGGUCUCGAUUCAACAGCGGUGGGGCUUGGUCGAUUCUGUGGAUCAGGGCCACCAGAAGAGACCUAUUCAAUUGGUGAUACAGUUUUAAUUCAUUUUCACACUGAUGACACAAUCAGCAAGAAAGGAUUUCAUAUAAGAUACAAAAGCAUCAGAUAUCCAGAUACCACGCAUACCAAAAAUUAACACCAUAACCUCCAUCAAAACAUAAAGGAAUGGGCAUAAUGGAAAGAAGAUGUAUUUCUUUUUUAAAUGAAGAUUUUAGCACAAAGUUUUAUAUAAUGAGUUUGAGCAGAAGAAAACUGCAAGACCAGAAUUAUCUUUGUACUAAAAGAGAAGUUUCCAGCUAACCCUGAUCAACAUUACCAGGAUAUCUGAACUUCAUUCUUGACAGUAUAAAUAUAAAUAAAGUUGGUGAAAGGGCAUCUCAUGCUUCAAAGAAGACUUUACAAUCCUUUGUUCACAGCUCACCAUAGCUGCUUCACAAUUCAGACAGUCCCAUUCAGGGUCUGUGACCCUGCAGAGUGUCCGUUUUGACAAUUUUUCAAUAUAUGGGAAAAGUAAAAUGACCUUGCAGGUCAUAAACUGGAAUACCCUCUCCUUGUAUCUUAGGAUAAUUGCUUUGACUUUGGAUCUUGAAGACAGUGUAAACCAGACCCAUAUAAGUUGUUGUGAAGUGGGAGUCUCUUGAGGGUGGUUUAUACUUUAAAUGUGGGUAUGACCAAUGCUUGGAAACUGGAAUAUUUCAGCUUCAUUAUUUUCACUUGCAGGCUAAAUUUACCUCUUUGAAACAAAUGAUCUCGAGACCACUUCCUUUUUGUGACAUUCUGACAAGUUUGAAAUGUCAAUACUAUCUAUCAUUGCAGUUAACUCUAGAUAUCAUUUAUUUAAGUGCUGGAAAAUGCCCAGUUGAUUGGUAAACUCAGUUCUUUCAGUGAAAGUUCUGUCUUUUCAUACCAAAUUCAAGAAGACUUGUGAUGUCUUAUGAACUUGAUGAGACAACUCCCAACAGGUGUGAACAGGAUUCUUCUAAGCGACUGCCUGGAUGGUUCAUACUCAAGUUCCACUGCUGCUAUUGUCUUUCUUUUGUUGUUGAUCUGUUGUAGUUAAUGUUGAUGUUGUCAUGGUUAAUGUAUUUUUUUUUAAUGAAAUGAAAUGAAGUGGAAGUAGGCCUUGUUAGAAUUGAAAGAUCUCUUUCUUUCUCUUCCUAGAAAUCAGUUUUUUUUAAUGCAAUGUUGAAAAAAAAAAACGAUUUGUUUCUGAAAGACUUUCCAUGGUGCUAUUCCAUAAACAUUUUUUUAAACAAAGUUUUUGACCUUUGAGCCAACCACCUGUAGACUAUGAAUGUCUCUGUCUGGCUGGUAGCACUUGAAGACUAAAGACUUAAUGUAUCAAGAGUAUAUCAUUGCAAGGGCAACACUUGUCCUGUGGAACAACUGCUUAUAUUGCCUUAGAAUUCUUUCACAUGAUCGAGCAGAUCCUCCUAAGAGACACAACUUUUGAAAAGUUGAACAUAAUAGUGUAUGUUAAUUAGCAUUUCUAUGAGGAAAAUCCAUUUCUGUGACUGAGAGCAUUGGAUAUAAGUAUGGUGACCUGCUUUUACGGUAGAAAAUGAAUUUUCUGCUUUAAAGGCAGGUUUUUAAAAAAAUAUUAAUGUAUGUAUAUGUGAGGUUGUCUGAAUGAGUGGAGUUACAAGGAGGUGAAAAGUAGUGGGUGGUUGAAAAGUUUAAAUUUAUGUGCCAAUUUCUACUAAAAUCCUAAAGUAGCACCUUUCAUAGGACGUUUCAUGGACAAAUAAUGGGAACUUCUAAUUAUUAUCAACCCCAUUUUAAAAAGGCUCCUUCCUUCAGAGAAACUCUAUUUUCAUAUUUUUUGAUAUUGAUAUAGAUUGCUAUAUGAAGUAGCUUUUGUUCUGUUACCUGUCCAUGAACAUUCAACAUUUAAUAAAAUUGAGAAUUUUUCUUCAUUUUACAAAAUUAAACUAUACACACAGAUUUAGCUUAUUUGUUUUUUUUUUUUUGUCAUUGUUGCCUUGGAAAUCUUUUCUUGCAUAUGAAUUUUAUUAUGUAAAUACAUUUUUAAAACCAAUCUUUUGAUCUUACUGAAUGUUACAUUGGAAAUGUAUAACUAACGCCUGCAAUAUAAUGAGCUUUUUAGUGGAGCUGAUUUAUUCCAGUAACUCUUCUAUAUUUUUUUUUACGAAUCUCCAGUUAGCCAAAAUAUUGGGAAUGGGAAUUAGAGGAGAAAAAAAACAUUAACACCUAAUAUACUACACUGUGCCCAGCCCAGUACUAGGCACAUACACUAGCUCUUUUUAACCUUUAUGCCACCCUUUGAGAACUGUGGUGAUGUUCUCAUUUUGUGGUUUAGGAAAUGAGGCUCAAAGAAGGCAUAUAAUGUUCCCAGGGUCACAGUGUAAAGUCAGAUGUUAAAGCCCAGAUUGUUUGAUAUAAAAAUCUGUGUUUGUUCUACAAAAUGUAGUAGAAUCAAUCUUGACCUAUAUAAAUAGUAGAUAUAUUUUAUGAUGAAACUUCUCCACAUAAAGUCAAUUUUAGAGGUGAAUUACAGUAAAACUUUCAGGAUAAGCAUUGUUCCUUUCAGUAAUAGCAUGACAAUUCAAAUAUCAACUGUAGAUAUCUUUAAGAACCAUAGAUAGUACUAGAAAUGUGAAAAACAAAAAAACUACUAUAUAGUUUGGAGUUAGUAACUAUGGGCCUUUUGUUAAAAUAAAUAUAUUAAAUUAUUUUAUCUGGUGUAGUAGGAGAAAUGUAGUGUUCUACUUUAAGAAAUAUUGUUAAUAUUCUGACUGACAUCUUAUUAGGCCACAAUGAGCUGCCUUUAACACAACUGAGAAAUAAAGUAUUUAGAAGGCACACCACAGAGAUGUUGUCAUAACUUAGGUCUUCAAUGGGAACAUUAAUUUUUUAUUGUACCUUAUGUCAGAUAUCAGCUCACUGAAUAUUAUUUUUAUAUUAAUUUGACUUUGGCUUAAGUGUGUUGUUAAAUUCAAACACAAACAGCUUCAUUGUGAUUGUGUUAAUAAUUGUUAAUUACUGUUCUAGGCAUUUUAUUAGUUUUGUAAAUUUAUUUUCAACCUCUACUCUCUAUCUGCCAAAGUUCUAACUCCUAUACAAUCCUCACUAACUAUACAUAGAAAAAAACUGCUCCCACUUUAUAUGAUUUUACUAAAUUAUUUUUAAAUUCAAUUUUGAAUAUUAAUCUAGUUUGUUUAGGAAAUCUUGACAACUGAACAAAACAACAUUUUUAAAUAAAUAUAUGAGAAACAGCAAUUCUAUUUCCAAAGUCUCCAAAUGUCCCCUGCCUGUGUUGGCUGAAUUUUUGCUAUCUUGGAUUAAUUUUAGUAUACCACAGUUAUCAGAUUCAAAUUCUGUUCAAUUUUGUUUUUAAAUGUUUUAGUCUCUUUUGUUUGGUUUCUAUUACUAUAUUUUUGAUAGUAAGCCUCAGAUAAUGAAAUUUUAUUCUCACAUAUAGAAAAUCUCUAAAGGCAUCUAAUUACUCUUCACAAGGCUAAAAUUUUUUUAAAAGAAAUAUUAAAUUACAUAUUUCUUUAGAUUUAGUAAACUAUAGCGAUGUGUGACAUUAAAAAUAACUUUUCUUAAAGCAAUUAACAAAAUGUUUGGAAAUUUUAUUUAACAAUAAUUUUAUUUAGCAAGAAUAUUUUGGAUAAAGGAAAACCUUAAUACCACUUAUUAAAUCCUGCAUGGGAGGAAGAAAACAGGAAAAAUAAUUACCAUAUAAAGAUCUAUAACUUGAGCUGCAGUGAUGACGUCUGUUUUACUAGAAAAAAUAUGUAAUAUGAGCUUAUCAAAAAGAAAGAAAAGAUGGUCUAUGGAUGCAUUUUUACAUCAAUGCAUAAUAAAUGGUUACCAAUGAACAUUUAACUUUUAGUCUUUUAGUGCUAUUGUUAUAAAAUUGAGAAAUUUUGUCAUUAGCUUAGGAAAUGAUGGAAAGGUUGGAUCUUAUACAAUGCGAAAUAUUAUUAUUAGUCUCCAAACUUUCUUUUGACAUGUACUUUUUAAAUUGUUCAGCUUUCAACCUACCUACAUUUCACUCCCCACCAGUGUACUCAAACUGAUUUCAGGCUUACCAUGUAAUUCUAGUCAAUACCAUGACACCUACUUGGUGCAGAGGUCAACACAAGGUGAUUCCAAACAGUGUAUAGGGCCCUGAGCAUGUCUCAUAUAUAUAAUCUCCCUCUCGUCCAAUAUUUUGAAUACAAAUUCAGUGCAAUAAAUCUCAACUUCUAACUUUAGAAGACUUGUAGGUAAACUAUUACUUGGGUUAAAGCCUAUAAAAAGAGAAGACCUAAGCACCAACCUGUAGUAUAAGACAUGUGGAUAGAAGGCCCUGGCAGCUGGGUCUUCUCCUGCAUUUGCUGCCAGAGCAGAGGUGGUUGAAGUGGCAGGGAGAGGUCCAUUUCAAGGAAUGCCCUUAAAAUUAUUUAAACAGGAGAACACCCAGAAAGGACAAAUAAAGUGAAAGGAUUAUAGAUAAUAAGGCUUGAAUAUGUAAAUCUAUCCUAAAGCAUUAUUUAAUGGACAUUCCGUAGAGGGGUAUAAUUAAAAAUUAAAUUUCAGAAAAAUUUUCCACAGAGAUGUAAUAA